AUGGAGCAGAGCAGCUCACAGCCCAAAGCACUCCAACACCCUCUCCCUCCAUCCAGCCCACAGCACCCCAACACCCUCUCCCUCCAUCCAGCCCACAGCACCCCAACACCCUCUCCCUCCAUCCAGCCCACAGCACCCCAACACCCUCUCCCUCCAUACAGCCCACAGCACCCCAACACCCUCUCCCUCCAUCCAGCUCACAGCACCCCAACACCCUCUCCCUCCAUCCAGCCCACAGCACCCCAACACCCUCUCCCUCCAUCCAGCCCACAGCACCCCAACACCCUCUCCCUCCAUCCAUCCCACAGCACCCCAACACCCUCUCCCCCAUCCAGCCCACAGCACCCCAACACCCUCUCUCUCCAUCCAGCCCACAGCACCCCAACACCCUCUCCCUCCAUCCAGCUCACAGCACCCCAACACCCCCUCCCUCCAUCCAGCCCACAGCACCCCAACACCCUCUCCCUUCAUCCAGCCCACAGCACCCCAACACCCUCUCCCCCAUCCAGCCCACAGCACCCCAACACCUUCUCUUUCCAUCCAGCCCACAGCACCCCAACACCCUCUCCCUCCAUCCAGCUCACAGCACCCCAACACCCCCUCCCUCCAUCCAGCCCACAGCACCCCAACACCCUCUCCCUCCAUCCAGCCCACAGCACCCCAACACCCUCUCCCUCCAUCCAGCCCACAGCACCCCAACACCCUCUUCCUCCAUCCAGCCCACAGCACCCCAACACCCUCUCCCUCCAUCCAGCCCACAGCACCCCAACACCCUCUCCCUCCAUCCAGCCCACAGCACCCCAACACCCCCUCCCUCCAUCCAGCCCACAGCACCUCAACACCCUCUCCCUCCAUCCAGCCCACAGCACCCCAACACCCUCUCCCCUAUCCAGCCCACAGCACCCCAACACCCUCUCCCUCCAUCCAGCCCACAGCACCCCAACACCCUCUCCCUCCAUCCAGCCCACAGCACCCCAACACCCUCUCCCUCCAUCCAGCCCACAGCACCCCAACACCCUCUCCCUCCAUCCAGCCCACAGCACCCCAACACCCUCUCCCUCCAUCCAGCCCACAGCACCCCAACACCCUCUCCCUCCAUCCAGCCCACAGCACCACAACACCCUCUCCCUCCAUCCAGCCCACAGCACCUCAACACCCUCUCCCUCCAUCCAGCCCACAGCACCCCAACACCCUCUCCCCCAUCCAGCCCACAGCACCCCAACACCCUCUCCCUCCAUCCAGCCCACAGCACCCCAACACCCUCUCCCUCCAUCCAGCCCACAGCACCCCAACACCCUCUCCCUCCAUCCAGCCCACAGCACCCCAACACCCUCUCCCUCCAUCCAGCCCACAGAGACUGAUUGUAUCAUCUGUAAGAAUCUGAAAGUAUCUCGUAUUGAGGUGAAGUUUUGA